GGCUUUUCUGUCAUGAUUAUAGUCACCCAUCCAACAUAAGGCAAUAAGCUGAAGCAGAAAAAAAUAUAAAACUAUCUAUGAGUGAGUAACUACAGAUUUUGGUUUAAACACUAUACAAAUAUGUGGUUAAAGUAAAUUAAUUACCCGACAGCACGACCCAUUAUAUGAUGUCGAUGAAGCCAAAGCUGACCUUUAGCAUAAAGAAUUCUAUCAUCGUCAAGGUUAUUGUCACCCGUAAACAAUAGAAAUGAAAAUGUGAAUGGGCUUUGAAUGAUAACAAUAUGAUAAACAACUCACACUCUUUCAAAUCAAUAAAACCAGAACCUUUGGUCAAAAUAUCGAUUUCUCCAGUAUUUUCCCUUUUGUGAACCUGUAAUGUAAUGAACCCCAAAGAAUAAGAAUCAUCUAGGUGCUACAAUCUAAGCACCGGGAGAUGAUAAUGAGGAGAUCUAGACAAAAAGCUACCUUAAUGACACGAGGGACCAUUGGAAUAUCACGACCCUGACAAGAGAAGCAUGAACCAAAAUACAAAUGAGGUGAAAGGUUCAUGCAAAAGUAAGCAAAACAAAAUGAUGCUGAACCUCAAAAUAUCCCCCUACUAGGUAUCAUAUUCACUAUGAGUACACAGAAUGAUGCUGAACCUCAAAAUAGAUUACAAGUGAGCGAUCAAAGAUGCUACAAAUGUGAGACAUUACAAUGAUUUCAAUUACCCACUUAAACCCAGGUUCCAUGAUUUCCGAGAGAGCGACCACAACAAGGGAUUCACUUCCAGUGGCACACAUCAAAGCUUUCCAUAUUAUCAAAGCAGACGUCACAAUCAUCCCUACUAGACAACAAAAUAACAUUUACCAAGAUAUUAGGGUGUCAAGUGGGUUUCUAGAUGGACAUUUUUGUUUCAAGACGUUGAUAGUAUAAACUCAAAUAAAACCAUGCCUAAAAUAUUAUAAACAUCGUUAUAAUCUUAAAAUAAUCAGUUACAAAUAAUUGGCUGAACUUAAUAAUUUUUAACCACAAACUAUAUUUUUUGGAAUAAAUACAAUACGGGAAAAGAAAAUCACAAUUUUGAAUAAUAUCAUUAGCUUUUUUUUUAUAUAUAAAACCAGACUAAAGUAUACACCUUUUUUCAUAAAAACCAAAAAAGAAGUAAAAGGUAAUUAAAACUUCUUUAGGAAUAGCUGAAAUUUGGAUUACGAAAGUUUGACCACAUAAAAUUGUUACCAAAAUGAAAUGGUUGAGUUUUACUAUAAGAAGACCACCUCCCUUCUAUGCAACACACACAUUACCUAGUUUCCUUUGAAGAAAACGGGUUUUUCCUUUACAUCUAUAAAAUAAAUUAUUCAUUACUAUGCCUAUUAUUUAAAAUCUCCCAAAUUAUAUCACCUUUACUGCUUUACAUUAUAUUGCUUGUAUUCUAAAUAGUUAUUCUGUUUUCAACGAUAUUUUUGUUUUUGUGUGGUUUUUGUUGAUAUUUCAAGGUUUUCUCCCCAACAAAAAUGAGUGAUUGUGAUGGAAACUUUAUGGAUAAUUUUUCUCCGCUGACCAGUCCUAGAAUAAGAGACGCAUUAGCAAUGCUGGAUCAAAACGAUAAUGGUCUAAAUUCGAUCAGCGAGACCUUCCCCCAAACCAACAUAUCGCCUGAUCCUCAGUCUGAACAAAGAUCUGGUGGUCUCCGCGACAGAAUGGCUGCAAAACUAGGAUUUGAUAUUCCACCGCUCGAGAUAGGGAGGGUCAGUCCAUCUGCUAAUCUUUUCAGUAACCCGAUUCUUGUUUCUUCUCCUAUCCUCGUAAUUUCUCCAGGAUUCAGUCUCUCUCCAUUUUUGCAAUCUCCAAAUAUGUUGUCUAACUCUUCUUCACAGGUAAGUAACAAUGUCUUUAAUAAGUCAAAGAUUGAUCUCUUACAUGAUAUAUAUUAUUGUCUCCAAAAAUAAUAUUAAUAUAUGAUAAACCUAACUGUUUUUGCCUUUGUGUAAUUUAUGUUUCCAGAUUAUCCCUCCGUGUCCACUCCCUAAUGACGCGCCUCCUGAGACGGUGGAAAGUUCUGGUGACGUCCAUGCAAUGAUGAUUAUAUCCAACAACAAUCUUCCUCAUUCAUCUGCCUCCUCAAGGAGGCUCUGAUGAUAUUCCAACGGAAAAUUCUGUUUAUAUCACAUUUCAUGAAUCUAAAGCUGAUCCCAUUGAUGCUCCUUUAGUCCGUUCUUUUGAUUCUGAAGUUGUUGCCAGAGCCGUGCUUUACAUAUAACAAAAGAGGCGGCUGCCUUAGGCCCCCAUGUAGCAUCAGGAAUUUUAGGGACCCAUUUUUAAUUUUUACUUGGUUUACUAAUCAAAGCAGAGUGCAUUUAACUUCAUAAUUUGGUCAAUUACUUACAUUAUAUUGAUAAUAAUUUGUACAAAUCUGUUUAGAGUAAAAUGUUUCCGUUUCAGAUUUUACUUGUUUUAUGCAUUAUGAACUUACUCAUUAUCCUAAUUUUUGUUUUUGUUUGGUUUUGUUUUUGUUUUCUUGGUUAUGGUUGUUCAUAUAGAUGUCACCAAAUAUAUAUUUCUUAACUUAUUUACAUUAUUAUAUUUUCCGAAUUGAUUUAUAAUUAUACAAUUUUUUUAUCACUUUCAUUAAUAGUUUUUAAUGUCGAAUAAUAAUAUUAUAUAUUUCCAAUAUAUUAUAUAUUCUAUAACAAUUAUAUUUUUAACAAAUACAUAUUUUCUAUAGGUUAAUAAGAUGACAUUUUAUAUGAAAAUUUGAAAUAAAAUUACGUUAAUAGAUAUUGCCUUAGGCCCCGAAAACCCUGAGCACAGCACUGGUCGUUGCUGAAGCUGAUGUUAUGAACCCCAUCUCUCUUGAAAGUGGUAGCAAAGAUAAUGACAAGGAGAGAGAAUACAACCAAGAGGAAGACAAAGUCGAAGAUCACAACGUUGUUGUAGAACCUCCAACCCGAAAGAGAAAGUCCCAAGUCAACACUGAGGAAAAUAUGGUAUCAAACAUUAUUGGAGUCACAAGACCAAAAAACAAGACCCAAAGUGUCAUAAUUCAGGUUGAAAGCGUAGAAGACUAUCCUGACGAUGGUUUUCGCUGGAGAAAAUAUGGUCAAAAAGUUGUCACAGGAAAUGCAAAUCCAAGGAGUGACUACAGAUGCACAUACACUGGGUGUGAGGUGAAGAAACUUGUAGAGAAAAGCGUAGACAAUGUGAAGUUAGUGGUGGCUACAUACGACGGGAUACAUGAGCACGUUCCACCACCUGAAUGCAUAAGCAAAUCCAGUACAAAGAAUCAAUCCGGUUCGUCAAUGUCUCAAGAUCCUAGCAUGCAAACCCUUGGGUUAGGUAUGUUGCCUUCUUGCGUUUCGACCUCUCAGCUUUUGCCGUCUCCCUUGGCCCCACAAAUGGAUAUGAUGCAAAACUAUAUGGAUGGACUCUCUAAGCUGCCAAGUUUACCGGCUAACAGGAAUCAUGGUGUUAUGAACCGGAAUGAUGAACCGAAGAUUGAUCUUGUGAUACCCGACGGUGCAGAGGGUAUUCAAGGAGAUAAGGGAGCGACUAUUUCGUAAUUGGUAUCAACCUUUAGAUGGGGAAACAUGAAAAAAAAGAUAAAAAGAAAGACGUAAAUGUUAUAAAUCAUGGAGUGGAUUGCCAUUAACCAGGCCCGGACCGAGAUCGGCCCAAUACUUAGAAGAUGGAUAGAUGGCCGAAGCCUAGAGAAAAGAGAGAGAGCCGACUUCAGGAGAGAGAAAAGUGGCCACAAAGCUUGGAGAAAAGGAAACCCUUUCAUUUUCCUACUAUAUGUAAUUUUUCCAUUAUUAUGUAUUACUAGUUUUCCUAAUCCUAAUGAGUUUAGGUUUUGGAUACUUUCCAUUUAUCUUCAUCUUGUAAUCCUUAUAUAAAGGAACCUCUUGAUCAUUAAUAAUAACACAGAAAUAUUCAGUCUCUAAACACUCUAUUUACAACACGUUAUCAGCACGAUAGACUCCAAAACCCUGAAACAAAACCUAACCUAAAAUCUGUCACACAUAAAGCCUAAAUCAGGCGCAACUUAAAAUCGAUCUAUCUCUCAAACCCUGAGGAACCAGAUGACGAGCCACAUAUCAAAUUGAAUCUCUUGACGAGACGAAUCCAUCAGCGCAAACCGUUUGUCGAUCCGAUCUCAGACGCGCCCACACUAGCAGAAACAAUACUCGGCGCCGUCUUGGUCUUUUGGAACCCUAAUCCCGAAGAACCCUAAAUUGUUCUUGCUUGCGUUCCAGCUUGCAAACACCUGAUCAGCUAAAGCCUUUAAGCGUUCCUGAUCCUAGACAUUCGCAGCUUCCUGUUCACAACAGAGCUAGUCCAGUUCGCAUCACAGCCAGCUUGAAUUCCCAAUCAACCAGCUCGCGAACUCGAUAAGAAGAAGAUGCGUCCGUCUCAGCCUCGUCUCCCGACCCCGACUGCAAGCGUCCGUCUCGACUCGAGACCCGAUAGGAAGAAGACAGCUCGCGUCCGCGUCGCAGCUCGCGUCCGCGUCGCAGCUCGCGUCCGAGGUUCAUCCGUUCAUUUUGGAGGUCCGGUUUCUACAAUCUGCAAAGCAAAGGUAAUUCUAAUUCUGA